CAGUGUCAUUUCCCUCCUCGAGUCGCGACUUUCUCACAUUUACAAAACAGAAGAGUGUGUGGGGGUGUUCGAUUCAGUCUCAAAGGGAAAGUCAGAGAGACAUGGAUUCGGACGAAGGGAAGGUGUUCAUAGGAGGAAUAGCAUGGGAUACGAACGAGGACACCUUGAGGGAAUACUUUGGCCAGUACGGCGAUGUCUCGCAGGCUGUCAUCAUGCGUGAGAAGCCCACCGGCCGCCCUCGCGGCUUCGGCUUCGUCGUCUUCUCCGACCCUUCCGUCCUCGACCGUGUCCUCCAGGACAGGCACACCAUCGAUGGCCGCACGGUGGAGGCAAAAAGGGCUUUAUCUAGAGAAGAACAGCAGACCUCCUCUAGAACUGGAAAUUUUAAUGCUGGCAGAACAUCUGGAGGGGGAGGAAAUUUUAAGACUAAAAAAAUAUUUGUUGGAGGGUUGCCUUCCAACUUGACAGAAGAUGGGUUUCGUCAGUAUUUUGAAAGCUAUGGACAAGUAACUGAUGUCGUGAUAAUGUAUGACCAGAAUACUCAACGACCUCGUGGUUUUGGUUUCAUAACAUUUGACACUGAGGAUGCGGUUGAUAGAGUUCUUCAGAAGACCUUCCAUGACUUGAAUGGUAAAUCGGUUGAGGUAAAAAGGGCCCUUCCUAAAGAUGCAAAUCCCAGUGGCGGUGGCCGUGGUGGGGGCUAUCAAGGUUAUGGUGCAAGUACAAAUACAAAUACAUUUGAUGGUCGAGCAGAUGGCAGUAGAUAUAUGCAGCCUCAAACUGCUGCAGGUGGUUUCUCACUGUAUCCUGGCUAUGGUGGACCAGGUUAUGGUUAUGGAGCAGCUAGUAGUGGAGUUGGUUACGGUGGUUAUAGUGUCAGUGGUUACGGAAGCGCCAAUACUGGAUAUGGUGGUCCCACGGGGGCAUAUGGAAACCCUAAUGCUCCUAAUGCUAGUUAUGGAACUGGGGGUCCUGGUGCAGUGAAAAAUGCUUGGAGCAACCAAAGUCCCGGUUAUGGUGCAUCAGGCUAUGGGGGAAAUGCAGGGUAUGGAGCUGCAGCGGCUUGGAGUGCUCCAGGUAGUGGUGCUCCUGUUUCUGCUCCAAGGGGUCAAUCCCCAAGCGGGGCUUCUGGGUAUGGGAAUCAAGGUUAUGGGUAUGGUAAUUAUGGUGGAGUUGAUGCUGCUUAUUCUGGUGGGUAUGGGGCUGCAGGUGGGCGUGUUGGAAGUGCCCCAAGUAGCAAUGCUGGUGGUGUUAGUGGAGUGGAGCAACAUGGGAUGGGUGGUGGCUACAUGGGAAGUGGCUAUGGUGAGACAAAUGGAAAUUCGGGGUACUCCAAUUCAGGAUGGAGAUCUGACCCGUCACAGGCCACCGGAGGUUAUGGUGAUGGAUACGGUGGUGCUCAGUCCAGGCAGACUUAACACUAGUGACCUAGUGGUUUGAUUUUCGAUCGACGGAACAGUUACACAAGAGGUUCUACUUGCUCGUGUUACACUGUAGGCAAUGGCGGCAACAGAAAGGGAUCGGUUGGAUUGCUUUAUUCUCAGGUUUGAUUGCUUUAUUUUCGCUGGGGUAGUAAACAAUAGCAUUUCUGUUAUUAUAAUGUGACAAGAAGUUUUUAGUUGUAAUAUUUUGUUCUUUUACAUUAAAUAUGAGGUUUUGAAGUUUCCUUAUAGUGGGUAUUAUCAGGUCCUAUGUGUGCAAACCCAAAGGCCUUUUGAUCUUAUUAUGAAUCGCAAGAGUAUUGAUUUUA